GAAUAAGAGGGCUCACACUGGAACUAGUUCGAUAAAAACUACGCAGUAAACCGUGUGUUUGAUUUCGACCCUUCUCUCAUUCUUCUGGGCAGCCUUUCAUAUUUCACAACAAAUCAGAUAAUAAUCAAUUGUUUUGCAUCAAGUACACUCUCGAAACAAGUAUGUCUCUGAUCCGUAACUCCUCCCGACUUCUACAAGCGCAGCUGCGUCGAGUGCAGAGCGUGCCAGUGGCAUUAUACCAUGAGAAUGUCGUCGAGCACUAUGAGAAUCCCCGCAACGUGGGCUCCAUGGACAAGAAGGAUGUCAGCGUGGGCACCGGAUUGGUUGGAGCUCCUGCCUGCGGCGAUGUGAUGAAACUGCAGAUCAAAGUGGAUGAGAAUGGCAAAAUCAUCGAUGCCAAAUUCAAGACCUUUGGCUGCGGCUCGGCAAUCGCCAGCAGCUCGUUGGCCACGGAGUGGGUUAAGGGCAAAUCCAUUGAUGAGGCAGGCAAACUGAAGAACACGGAUAUUGCCAAGGAGCUGCGUUUGCCUCCCGUCAAAUUGCAUUGCUCCAUGCUGGCCGAGGAUGCCAUCAAGGCUGCUUUGGCCGACUAUAAGGUCAAGCAGCAGAAGAAGGAGGCGCAAUAAAUCGCCAUAAAUACAAAUAUAUAUAUAUUCUACUAUGAUAGCAAUUUACAUACAUACAUAUAAAUUAUAUAUUGGGCUUUAGGCUUUGGUGUGAUUUCUGACCAGUGUGGAAAGUGGAAUAACAAUGAGGAAUAGAUGGAACUGAACUUAUCUGAGCGAUGCGUGCGUGAAUGAUUAUUAAAGUAUGCGUGUGUGUGUGUUUGAUCUUGCGUGUGUGUACGGAAGCUAACUAACUGUUGGCUCUCAAAUAACAGUUUGUGUCGAGCGGAUGCCAUUUAAAUUUUAAAGUUAUGCAAAACAAAAGCUUAUAGUUUAUACACCAAAUGUUUGAAUAUUAAAUAAAGUGUUUAUCGAUCGUGAAUAUAAAA